CACGUUACUAAAUAGCAGGAGCAAUUGCAGUGUGUCAGGGGAGAGGGAUGGAUCAGUUCUGCUGUGACUGCUGCUGGAUCCCAGGACAUGGAGGAUCCCCCCUGCCCACCAGCACUAUACUUCAGCCCCACAGCUGCUGAUGCAAACCAUAAGGCAGAGGCUACUGGAGAGGAAUAAGAGGCAUGAACAGCCUUUUGAAGACUUCAUCUGUGUGCAACCUGGAAUCAAGAAGAAGGGGGUGAAAAACUAGAAGACUGGAGGCAGCCUGUGGAUCCUGCAAGAAUCACAAAGUGCAAUGGAUUUCUAUGGUGAACUGGAAGGAUUGUGCCUGGGCUGAGAUGCUACAAACUCGGUGGGAUUAGGAUUAUUUCUAUUGGGGAUGGUGAAAACCAGUGGAUUAUUAUUAUUAUUAUGGGUGCCAACCACUCACACAAAACUCCAGUGUUUGACGAGAAUGAAGACGUUAAUUUUGACCACUUCCAAAUAUUACGAGCUAUUGGCAAAGGGAGUUUUGGGAAGGUAUGCAUUGUACAAAAGCGAGACUCCAAGAAGAUGUAUGCAAUGAAAUAUAUGAACAAGCAGAAGUGUGUAGAAAGAGAUGAAGUGAGGAACGUCUUCAGAGAACUUCAGAUCAUGCAGUGCCUUGAACACCCUUUUCUGGUAAAUCUAUGGUAUUCUUUCCAAGAUGAAGAAGACAUGUUUAUGGUGGUGGAUCUGCUCCUGGGAGGAGAUCUUCGAUAUCAUUUGCAGCAGAAUGUGCAUUUUAGUGAGGACGCUGUGAAACUUUACAUAUGCGAAUUAUCCCUGGCCCUGGACUAUUUACAGAAACAUCACAUCAUUCACAGGGAUAUCAAGCCCGACAAUAUCCUGCUGGAUGAACAUGGACACGUGCACAUUACGGAUUUUAACAUAGCUACAAUUGUCAAAGGAUCUGAAAAAGCUUCAUCCAUGGCAGGUACAAAGCCUUACAUGGCGCCAGAAGUGUUCCAGUCCUUCAUGGAGGUGGGGCUCGGAUACUCAUACCCAGUUGAUUGGUGGUCACUAGGAAUCACAGCUUAUGAGCUCCUCAGAGGUUGGAGGCCUUAUGAAAUUCAUUCAACUACUCCGAUAGACGACAUCAAUAACAUGUUCAAGAUCGAAAGAGUGCAUUAUUCUUCAACAUGGUGUAAAAACAUGGUGGAGUUACUUAAAAAGCUCCUAACCAAGGACCCAGAGUGCCGCUUUUCAUCACUAGCUGACAUUCAGACUUCUCCGUACCUGGCAGACAUGAACUGGGAUGCAGUAUUGGAGAAAUCUAUUACACCCAGCUUUGUUCCAAAUAAAGGAAGACUGAACUGUGACCCAACAUUUGAGUUAGAAGAGAUGAUUCUAGAAUCUAAACCUCUCCAUAAGAAGAAGAAGCGUCUGGCUAAGUACAAAUCUAGGGAGGCCGCCAAAGAAAGUUGUCCACUGAACGGACAUCUGCAGCAAUGUUUGGACACCGUGAGAAAAGAAUUUAUCAUAUUCAACAGGGAGAAACACAAACAUCAACCAGAACAAGGUGGACAAACAUCAAACACAGAGAGCAAAGCACACAGACAGCCGCACAUAAAAGCUCAAGAUGGACACACCACAAAUAACAACAUUUUAGUACACGGCUGUACAAGAGGAUGCAGCAGCUAGUGGACAGGAUACCAAAUGGCGGACAUUACCGGAAAACCCUCUUCUGCAUGCCUUCACCUGGAAACAUGGACAUUUGCUUCUCAAAAAUGUGAAUUUGUCGAUGCACAGCAUUCGGACGUUACUUAUGGCACUAAUAUUACUUUUAUAAAAAAUUAUCAUUACAAAGAUCAACCAGUGGGAAAGAACUAACUUUCAAAUCUCCUGGAAUGAAACUUGAAUAUAAAACUUUUUCUUUAUUUUAAUAUUGAUUAUUAUCCGGAACAACACUGAAAAUGAAGAAUGGCGGCAGUUCAUUGUGUGCGUUUAUAAGACUGUCCUGAAGAAGUCCGAUUAGUCUGUCUCAUGUAGAGUCAUGUGUAAAAUGAAUUUCUGUGUGAAAUACUUACUGUACACAAAGUCAUCUAGAGUUAUUAGGUCAGAAUUGUUCACUACCAUUGUCUAGUCCUGGCCCAGACCGUCAGGAGCAAUGUGUAUAGUAACUAGACAUUUUUUCAAUGCAAAGAGUGCAAUUGUAAGCAGUAUGAGCUAAGACUGUAGAGCAACUAAGCACACAAGAGUGUUUAUCCAUCAUUUUUAUAGAGUGCCUCCGCCCCCGUGUGACGUCACGUGCCGCCCCUCAA